CGUCAGGUCACAUUGAUGGGCGAAUUUUUCUCUUUAGGUGUGAGAUAAGGAAGAUGGGCAGAGAUUUUCUUUCUUGCUUCUUUCGCUUUCGAUAAAUAAUGAGGUGAAGAGUGUCAUGCAGAGGUAAACUUUCUUUUCUUCUGUACAACAAUCCAGGAUGUCUACCACUACUACGCGAACGACAUUGGAGAUGCAGGAGCAGCCGCGUCGCCGGUCUGUUGUUCCUGGUGCUGAUAUACAAGCACCCAUCCCGGCGACAAUCUCAGCUGGCUCUUCGUACUUUCCUGAUCUUGAAGGCAAAAGAGUUUUGUGGAGCGACUUGCCGGAUAUUUCAUCUUUUCCAUCAACGCCUGCUGGAGCUCAAACACCUGCGGGAGCUUCUACACCUGGUUGGCUGACUCCUGGAAAUGCGACACCUGGAUGGCAGACGCCCGCUGGAGCAUCGACACCUGGAUGGGCGACACCGAAAUCUACUCAAGCGCGUCCUUUGCUGUCUGAAGAUGCGUAUCCGGAUAUUGGGACAAUGUACUCGUGGCGUGGUGUUAUGAUUUUGCUCAUCACUUGCGGCUCUCAGCUCAUGGACAACAUUUUUAUGACUGCAGUCAACCUCUCCUUGCCAGCCGUACAGGCGGAAUUUGAUGUCUCUUCUGGCGAUCUUCAAUGGCUGCUAUCUGCAUACACUCUUACCUUUGGUGGUUUUCUGCUGUUUUCUGGUGUCUUGGCAGAUCGCUAUGGUAGAAGACAGGUCUUCUCUAUCGGCAUGGGCGUGCUCUCCGUCUGGACUCUGGCAAAUGGCUUCGGCAACUCUUUCAUCCAGUUGGCAAUCUUUCGCGCACUUCAAGGCAUCGGUGCUGCAAUGACAGUUCCAUCCUCGAUCGGCAUCAUCAGCUCGCACUUUGUCGCAAGCGAGCGCAUCGUCGCUUUGACAAUGUUCGGUGCGUCCGGAGCCAUAGGCUUCUGCGCAGGUCUCAUCUUCGGCGGAUUCGUCACCGACUCCCUAGGCUGGCGCUACAUCUUCCGCAUCGCCGUCGCCGUGACCGGACCACUCGGAAUCAUGGGCUGGAUCCUCCUCCCCAAAGACCGCAAAGAAGGCAACGCACGACCGAAACUCGAUUUUGUGGGUGCUGGUCUUUCCACCGGCGGCCUGAUUCUACUCUCAUUCGUUCUCUCUAGCGGAGGCGAGUAUGGCUGGAACAAAGCCUUCAUCAUCGCUCUCCUCAUAAUUUCCGUCAUUAUGAUCUGCGUCUUCGCCUAUGUGGAGAAGAAAGUCAGUAAUCCAAUCAUGCCGCUUUCACUCUGGAAGAUCAAAAAUUUCGCACCACUAUGGAUAGCAGGAUUUGUACUUUACGGCAGUUAUCAAACUGUAAUCUAUUACGUGGUCUUGCAGGCCCAAGAAGUGGCCAAACUUUCCGCCGGAGCAACAGCAUUGCGCUUUUUACCCAUGGGCGCUGCAGGAUUCACCACGAAUAUGGUUCUGGCCAAAUGGAUGAAGUACAUGAACACGAGAUACUUGAUGCUGUUGGGUAUGUUGAUUACCACACUCUCGCCAAUCCCUGCUUCCUUGAUGCCGGCUGAGGAUCCCAAUUUCUGGAGAUACAUUUUGCCGACUUCGGUGAUGGUGGUCACGGGAGUCAGCAUUUGUUACAUUUGCAUCACAAAUAUCAUGUUGGGAUCUGUGCCGGCGAAUGUGAAGAGUUUGUGUGGUGGAUUGGUUAAUACGGCGUUCCAGAUUGGAAGUGGUGUUAGUCUUGCGUUGGCUGCUGCGGUCGUCGAUGCGGUGGAUAUCAAGAAGGGGCAUGACGAGGCCACGCAAUAUCAGACUGGUCUGUAUUGUUGCAUUGGGCUUUCGGGACUGGGUCUUAUAGUCUCUGCAUUUGGACUUCGCGGGUUGGAUGGAAAUGCUGGUAGUGCUCAAGUUCACUGAUCUUGCCUCACAAACAGCUCUGCUUUUUCUGGAAAUAGACGAUGAUGAUUAUAUAGACAUAGACUAAUUGGAAAAUAGACAUAGAUCGAAGUUGUUAGA